AUGUCUUCAACAAGGAAAUGGGCUAGCUCAAUCUGCUCCAUUGCUUUUCUCAUAUAUUUCGCUGUUAUCAUCCUUCAAGUCCCAAUUUUCAGUGUUCCAUGCAGAAUCGGUAUCUGUAAGACCCCAUUAGAAGUCACUUCUUCUCAGUUAAUUGCAAGUGACGUGUUCCCUCCUUUCAUUGUGAAGGCCCUUCUUUACCCAGGAGCUCUUGCAAAGGCUCUUUACAAUCACAAAACCAUCCCAAACUUCAGAAACCUCCUUAAGUUAUACAAGUUCAAUUCAAGGCAAAUUACCCCAACAUCAGAUCUUCAUCGCCUAGAGGUUCUAGCAGGAAGCUAUUUAUCUGUGGGAGGAGCAAUUAUGGGUCUGAUGAAACCAGGGAGAAUGGGCCUCUUUGGAAUACUUCUUUUGAUAUGGGGUCUCAUUAGAGAAUCCAUUAUGUUCCAAUCUGGUUUGGAUCACGAAAAAGCUUCUCAUAUUCGUCCUGCUAUGUGGAUUGCACUUGUUUCUGCAUUCUUGUCCAUUAGAAAGGAUGUCAGAAAGAUUAUACGUACUUUCAGAGGAAACCAAACUCUGAAGCAUAAAUAUGUCUAGCUGUCUGAAAUUGAAAUAGCAUGAUUUAGCUAUAAUGCUUGGUUUGAUCUGACUGGUACGGAGUUAUAUACCUGUUUUGUUUGCUACUCAUUGCAAUCAUGAAUGAAUUGUAGAUAUAUGGCUGCUUGAUUCCGUUGUGCAUUGC